AUGGCGGCGCUGGUGCUGGCGGCGGCGCGGCUGCUGCGGGGCGCGGGCCCCGGGGGCCGCUCGCGGCUGAGGCCCGGCGCGCCCGCGCGCAGGGGGUUCAGCAGCGGCGGCACCUACCCCGGCACCCCCCUGUCCGUGCCCCUGCCCGGCGUCCCCAAGCCCGUGUUUGCGACGGUCGACGGACAGGAGAAGUUCGAGACCAAAGUCACCACCCUGGAAAACGGGCUUCGCGUGGCGUCCCAGAAUAAGUUCGGACAGUUCUGCACCGUGGGGAUUCUUAUCAACUCAGGAUCAAGAUAUGAAGCAAAGUAUCUUAGUGGAAUUGCACACUUUUUGGAAAAAUUGGCCUUUUCGUCCACCGAGCGCUUUGCCAGCAAAGACGAGAUCCUGCUGGCCCUGGAAAGGCACGGGGGCAUCUGCGACUGCCAGGUGUCAAGAGACACCACCAUGUACGCCGUGUCUGCGGCAUCCAGUGGCCUGGACACGGUGGUCGGCUUGCUGGCGGACGUGGUCCUGCACCCCAGGCUGACAGAUGAGGAAGUGGAGAUGACACGCAUGGCUGUCCAAUUCGAGCUGGAGGACCUCAACAUGCGGCCUGACCCUGAGCCGCUGCUCACCGAGAUGAUUCACGAAGCCGCGUACCGGGAGAACACCGUGGGCCUGCACCGCUUCUGCCCCCCCGAGAACAUCGCCAAGAUCGACCGCGCGGCCCUCCUCUCCUACCUGGCCAGCUACUACACGCCCGACCGCAUGGUGCUGGCCGGGGUGGGCAUGGAGCACGCGCGCCUGCUGGAGUGCGCCCGCAAGCACCUCCUGGGGGCCCGGCCGGCCUGGGGCAGCGGGCAGGCUGUGGAUGUGGACAGAUCCGUGGCGCAGUACACCGGGGGACUUGUGAAGCUCGAGAGAGACAUGUCCAACGUCAGCCCGGGCCCCACCCCGUUCCCCGAGCUCACGCACAUCAUGGUGGGGCUGGAGAGCUGCUCCUUCCUGGAGGAAGACUUCAUCCCCUUCGCAGUGCUCAACAUGAUGAUGGGUGGGGGCGGCUCCUUCUCGGCCGGCGGGCCUGGCAAGGGCAUGUUCACCAGACUCUACCUGAACGUGCUCAACAGACACCACUGGAUGUACAACGCCACCUCCUACCACCACAGCUACGAGGACACGGGCCUCCUGUGCAUCCAUGCCAGCGCCGACCCGCGGCAGGUUCGUGAGAUGGUGGAGAUCGUCGCGAAGGAGUUCGUCCUGAUGGCCGGGGCUGUGGAUGUGGUGGAGCUGGAACGAGCCAAGACGCAGCUGAUGUCCAUGCUCAUGAUGAACCUGGAGUCCCGGCCUGUGAUCUUCGAGGAUGUGGGGAGGCAGGUGCUGGCGACGCGCUCCCGAAAGCUGCCCCAUGAGCUGUGCGCCCUCAUCCGCAACGUGCAGCCCGAGGACAUCAGGAGGGUGGCUUCUGCCAUGCUGCGCGGGAAGCCGGCAGUGGCUGCGCUGGGUGACCUGACGGACCUGCCGAGCUACGAGCACAUCCAGGAGGCCCUGUCGAGCAAGGAUGGCCGGCUGCCCCGGGCCUACCGGCUGUUCCGCUAGAGCCCACCUGCCGCCGCCGCCGCCGGGACUCGCGUCCAGUCAGCAGCCUGCGCUCCGCUCGGCCGGGUGGCGCGGACGUGUCCGGAGCCCCUGUGGCCUCUGCUGCCGCCAUGGGGUGAAGACGGCCCGGCGGCAGCCACUCCUCCGCGGGGCCCGCCACGCCCAGGGCGCCGCCUGCCCCUUGAGAAGAUGGUCUCGGCGCCGUGUUUUUCGCCCUGAUGAGGAGCCAUUUGCCUUAACGAGAGCCAGCUGGGGGCGCGGGCCGGCUCCAGGGGGACUGGCCAGCCUUGCGGCGCGGGGGGUGCGGCUGCCACAGCCGGCUCAGCCGCCACUGCACAGCCCGUGUCGCGAGGGUGGGCCAGGCAGUAGCGUGGGCCCGCGGUGGGGCUGCUUCCAGAAGCAGAAGGGGUGAAGGGCGCAGCUUGUGAUUCUCAGCCAGAAACACCCAUGGAACCCCGAGGUCCCGUGUGGAGGUCUGGGGCCCUGGAGCCACUGCUGCUGCCGUGAAGAGGGCAGCCCCGGGCAGUUGGGGUCUCCCAGGACCGGACUGCAGUUUGGGGAGAACGGACACCGUGUGGGAGACUGCAACGAGCAGCCUGGCCUCGGGGGGCGGGGCGGGGCGCGGCUAGUAAACGUGUGAGCGUCACGCACCUGUACCUGAGCGCUCAUUGCG